AUGGAGGGAGAUCAGAAAAUGUUAGCACCACCCGCUGUGUCGCAUCUGCGCGCAGAGGCCGGUAUGAUGGAAAGAUCGCUCAGUGCGGAUAUUCGAGAAGAGAGAGAAGAUCUUAGACAAGCGGCAGAGGAAACUCUUAAUGUCAUUAUAAAUCUCAGUAUGGAUGGCACAAUAAAUUGGGUCAGUCCCUCAUGGACCGAUGUUAUCGGCACCUCAUUGGAUUCCGUUCAAGGUAAACCAAUCGCCGAUAUCCUGAUUGGGGAUAACGACAAGAGGGUAUUUGCAGAUACGGUCGAGGAGAUGAAGAAGGAUGAUUCUCGCAGCUACAUUAUACGUUUCACCAUUCAGUUAGGACCGGCUUCAAGGUUGUUACCACAGGAAAAUUUGGAUCAUGUCAAAGAAGGUGAGGGAGAAGGUGCAGCAGUAAUGUCACAACCGGAACCUGCUACGAUUGAUUUAGAGGCGCAAGGUAUUAUGGUGCACGAUCGAGCUUCGGAAUCGGAUAGCCAUACAAUGUGGAUGAUUAGACCUUGGAUAGCGCCACGUGAAAUUCAAAUCGACCUCGCCCCCGUGAUAGUCGAUUCUCUAGGAUCAGGAGCACAAAUUCUAGCAAGUUAUCUGACUACAGUUGCAGAGCAGGGUCUCGAAGAUCCAGCAAAUCAUGCCCCGCCAUUACCACUUCUUUGUAGAAUCUGCGAACGUCAAAUUACUCCUUGGUGGUUUGAAAAACAUACCGAGUUGUGUCUUCAAGAACACAAAGCGGAGAUGGAAGUACAAAUGUGUCAGGAUAAUUUGACGGAACAUCGUCAUGCUAUUGUUAGAGUUUUGGAUGCGUUAGAAGCUCGUCAAGCUCGAUCUAGUUCGGGUGAACAUUCUAUGAUGCCGACGCCACCUCAGGCUGAAUACAAAGGAUUGCCGAUUGGAGCCAACUCAACCACAUCCUCCGGUACAGCAUCCCCUGGAACACCCACAUCUGGUAGAUCUCGGUCAAGAUCUACAUCAGGAUUUGGUCAUGCUAGAGGACGAUCAUUCGCUCAAAGGCGGCCUCAUGCUCGGAUCGUUGAACUUUUACUGGAUCUUUGUGACACAGCCAUGGAAAUUAAUACGCCUGCGAUCAAGGAACCAUCUCCGCAAGCUCCGGGAGAGUUUCGCACACAAUCUCCUCAAUCGGAAUCUCGCAUAGCUCAAGUGUUGCAAUGGCAAUCACCUAAUAUGAAUGCAGUCGACCAAGAAGGUUUAUCUUUACUAUGUGCAGAUAGUGAAGCUGUUGCUCGUGCAAAAGUUGAGGCCGUUAUUCGUCAUCGAAGAAUAAUCGAAUAUUCGGAACGCAUUCGUAUCGAAUUUUCCGCUAUUGUACAAGAUUGUAUUGAUGAGGCUAUCAACAAAGCUUCUCGACUUGCUGCUGGUCAGCUCAGUGAUUCGACCGAAGAACCUGAAGAAACCACUACAGUCCAAGAUGAGGGAUUUUUCGCUGGUUCUUUUGAUGGUCCCUCCUCAUCGCUUGCUGCAGCACUUCGAGCUGCUGAAUUGGGUACGGGCACGAUACAUGAAGGUCGCCGACUAUCAUAUGCUGCUAUUUCUUCUACCAGAUCCAGUAGUCCUAAAGAAUGUCCAACCCCUCGAUCACACCAAGGUGCUCUAAGUAGCAUGCUAGGAAAUACCCGGGAAGCAAGAAGGGAAUCUAUCUUUUUCGAAAGUGAUACUGGUGCGGAGAGUGAUGGUAGCGUCAGAUCAUCAUCAGUCAUGGGACGUCCGCCAAGAACGGAAUCACCAGUUUCAGAGUUUGGAGAUCUUCGUCGACAUGCAAGUUCCCGGCAACAAAAUAGGCGAAGCAUGGUUCUCGGCACCGGUACCCUUUCACCCCGAAGACAAGAGUCUCCAGUUCGGAUGCCACCUCCAUCUUCCCCAUUGAGAAUUUCCAAACCACGCAUCUUGCCGAUCGCUCACGAAGGUAUUGUUUCUCCAACUGCAUCGCCGAUGCUUCCCGGAAGCGAGUUCAGCUCACCCGCAUUAAUUCCGUCACACCACCGACGUCAAUCCUCGGCUGCUGGAUCAGACCCACGUCCACCACCAUCACCUCGAUUAAACUGUGUCAAUGUCAAUGCCCCACAAGCACGUGCUGUACCACCAUCGAUCAAAGAUUUUGAAAUCAUUAAACCUAUCAGUAAGGGUGCCUUUGGAAGUGUUUAUCUAUCGAAGAAAAAGUCUACUGGUGACUACUAUGCCAUCAAAGUACUCAAAAAAGCUGACAUGGUUGCCAAGAACCAAGUCACAAAUGUCAAAGCCGAACGUGCUAUCAUGAUGUGGCAAGGUGAGAGUGAUUUUGUCGCUAAGCUCUAUUGGACAUUUUCGAGCAAGGAUUAUCUUUAUCUUGUCAUGGAAUAUCUUAAUGGUGGUGAUUGUGCAUCUCUCAUCAAAGUUCUGGGUGGUCUUCCGGAAGAUUGGGCGAAGAAAUACCUUGGUGAGGUGAUCCUUGGUGUGGAACAUCUUCACAAUCGUGGUAUUGUACAUCGCGAUUUAAAACCCGACAACCUUCUCAUUGAUCAAAAGGGUCAUCUUAAAUUAACCGAUUUUGGUCUGUCUAGAAUGGGUUUGAUUGGCCGACAAAAGCGUGUUUUAAAUAGCGCAGCAAAUGAGUCGGCUCCAGAUCUACUCAAGCAGGGGCCUUUUGCUCGGGCCACAUCGAUGAGUUCUUCUCGUGCUUCAUCAUUCGAUUUUCAAGGGCAUCAUUCACCUGGUUCGACACCACAAAUGACGCCUGAUGUUGGAGGUAGUUUAGGAACUCCCUCGUACUUUAAUUUGAGUCGAGAGAACACUGUCAAUAAGGAUGCACGACGAAAAUCUGGCCAUAGGAGUGACAGCGGCGGCAGUGACGCACUGACACAUAUGUUCAACACCUUUUCUCUGAACGAAGCUCAAAAUCAACAAGCCCUCAAUCAACGAAGAACCCCUAUCGAAGAAUUGAGCGAAAAUGAGGCUGCUGGAUCACCAGAUCUAUGCCUUCAACCAGUCACAAGUCACAGCUCAGAUGCCAGGCACGGUACACCACCGCAAACAAGCACAGGUAUGAUGCCGCCUCCAAUGGCUCUUUUUGAUCCUGAUGAUAGUAAUCGUCGAUUCGUUGGUACACCUGAUUAUCUUGCUCCUGAAACUGUAAAUGGUCUUGGCCAAGAUGAAGUGAGCGAUUGGUGGUCUGUAGGAUGUAUCAUGUUUGAAUUUAUCUAUGGUUACCCACCUUUUCAUGCUGGCACACCAGAUGAAGUAUUCGAAAAUAUUUUAGCCCGACGAAUCUCAUGGCCGGAGGAAGGCGAUUAUGAUGUUUCGGAUGAGGCUAAAGAUUUAAUGAAUAAGCUUUUAUGCGUGGAUCCACAGCAAAGGCUUGGGGCUAAUAAAGAAGAGAAAUUUGCUUCUGGAGGAGAUGAGAUUCGAAAUCACCCUUGGUUUGAAAGUAUUCAAUGGGAUAAACUUCUUGAAGAUGAUGCACAAUUUGUCCCUGCUCCAGAGAAUCCAGAAGAUACUGAGUAUUUUGAUUCUAGAGGAGCCACUUUGCAAUCUUUCGCGGAAGAGAUGGAAGAUCAAGCCUCUACUCAGCACCCUACUCCUGGUGCCGAAUAUCCUGAACGCCCUCAUGAUGCUUUGUCUCGAGUUCGAAGUCAAGUCAAUAACGUCAAACGAGGUUUGAUGCCACUGCAUAUUCCACCUCACGUUCGAGAUAUGAAGAGCAGGCGACUUAGCGAACCUGUUGUAGCAGAUGAUUUCGGAAACUUUACCUUCAAAAAUUUACCUGUUCUUGAAAAGGCAAACAAAGAUGUUAUUCAGAAAUUACGACAGGAAGCCAUGGCAUCUCAAAUUACAUCCCCUGCUGCUUUAGAAGGAAGUUCGGCCUUGCCAAUGUCAAUGCCUAUUCAAAGAACUCUGUCGAAUGCUAAAGCUACAGCUCGACCUUCGUCUCCUUCUGGAUUGAGUCAAGCAAAUUCUUCUCCAAGUAGGGCUUCUCAACCUUCAUCACCUUUGCUUGUCUCAUUCAUUGCAGGGCAAAAUAAUGACGCUAGACGCAAAACUUCGAGCAAUUCCUCGAGCCUAUCACAACAGUCGAGCAACAAUCUUGCACCACCUGCUAGUUUUAUUGAUGGGCCAAGAACAUCUCCUGGUCUUCACAAGACUACUAAUUCUGCUGCUUCGUCACCUAUCAAGGCACGUGGAUCAGCACCUCCACCACUUUCGUUAUCUUCACCAGGAAAGGCGCCACCUGCGACUCCACGACAAGGCAGCAGUAAUUCAUCAUCUUCAAGAGCACGUUCGCAAACAGUUGGUUCACAAGAAGGAAGUCCUCUACCUGGUGAAUUCUUAUCCCAUCGUAAACGACGAAGUCAGGUGUUCGACAUGUCGCCCUCCUCUUCGGACAAUGAAGGAGAGAAAGCCAACGCAUUACUUCGUGUUCAACGUCGUCGUCAAAGCUCAAGGCGGAUGUCUCAAAUCACUUUGGCAGAGGGACCUGCUUUUAGACCUUUGGAUGUACUGAUUUGUGAAGAUCACCCAGUGUCUCGAAUGGUCAUGGAGAAAUUGUUAGAGAAACUGCGGUGCCGUACAGUUACCGUAUCAAAUGGUGCCGACGCAAUGAGAUAUGCUAUUAGUGAUAUCAAAUUCGAUAUCAUUAUGAUGGAAUUCAAAUUGCCUCAAAUCAAUGGUGCAGAUGUAGCUCGCAUGAUUCGCGAGACUAAAAACGCCAACUCUCAAACCCCCAUAGUUGCCAUUACUGGGUAUUUGAAAGAACUUCAAGCACCUCAUCAAUUCGAUGCUUUAAUUGAAAAGCCACCGACAGCCUCGAAGCUUACUGAAGUCCUUUGUAGAUUAUGUCAAUGGAAAGAACCUAUAUCUAUUUUGAACUUUUCACCGGCAUAUCCUCCACCAUCUGGUCUACGUCAAGAGAGUAUACGUCUUGAGGAUAGCCCAACUUCUGCUUCAUCCGGUUAUGCACAUUUGCCAGCUGGUAGCUUUAGAGGAUCAAGUCGUGAAGAUUCUAUCAGUUCAAGUCUUUUUGGAGAUACUGAGACCUUUCCAACUGAUGAUCUUCCUGUCGUCAUUAAUAGGAGACCCACCGGUGAUUGGGAUGAGACUGGUCUUGGGAUUUGUAAUGAGGUUCACAUGAUGGAGGUCAAUGAUUUACCUAAACUACCACCACCCAGUCUUCUUCAUAAUAGCUCUUCUCCACCUCGAGUAGAACACCGCCGAAACCUCUCACGUCAACGAUCGUCUGAGAAGAUGAAGGCUAAGCGAGAAAGUUUGGAGAAACAUCGUCAUGAAUGUGGUGAAUCUGGUGAUGAUGAGGAUGAAGUUUUAGGUGAUGUUGCUGUGAGAGAAAAGACUAGCCCAAAGAGUACUUCCCCAAAGGCACAACGUGGUUCUAAACUUGGAACAGAAAUGAUGCGCACGAAUAGUCGUGGCAGCGUUGUUUCAGGGACGGAAAUGCCGAGCUCUGAAUUGAUUGAACCACCCCCUACUGUCACGGAAGAGGCAAUUCUUUUAUCACCAACAUCAGAAGUACCUCUAGCUUCGAGGAUUUCAGGCGCUACUUUAACACCCCCUGAGAUGCUUGGAGGUCCCAGCGAUAAGGAGGUUGACCUCUUCGAAACACCAAAACAAACACAGUCACAAACUUCAUUCCUAGAUGAAGAACAUACUCCACGACCUACUUCAAAGUCAUCUUUCGCAGGUGCAAAUGAUGAUUAUCUUAAUGCCGUCAAAAAUUUUAAGAAAGACCAAUAA